AUGAACGGCCCCUUGACGACAGCUGAGGUUUUCCAGUUGAAUUCUGUCGCCGGUGGUCUGCGGCCCGGGACAAUCUCCUUCAAGACAUUGACAUUGGAGAGCGACAAGUAUGUCUGCCUCCGCGAUGUGCAGCCGGAUGGGCAGACGUCACUUGUCAUUGUGGACUUGGAGAAACGUGAGAGUAUGCGGAACAACAUUCGCGAUGCGGAGUCGGCCAUAAUGAACCCCAAGUCAAAGAUCCUUGCGCUUCGCAGUGGUCGUAAUUUGCAAGUCUUUGACGUGGUUGCCGCGAAGAGGCUUAAGGUGGUUUUGUUUUCCGAGGAUGUGGUUUUUUGGCGCUGGGUCGAUGAUCGAACAAUUGGGUUGGUGUCCGGCACUGCGGUGUACCACUGGAGCCUGGACUCUGCGGAGGAUGCCGCGCCGGAGCGUGUCUUUGAGCGCGCCCCGGACAUGGGCGCAUCGGUACAGAUACUGAACUACUGCACUGACGAGAAGAAGAAGUGGUUGUUGUUGUCGGGUGUGGCGCGAGUGGCAGAGGGAAUGGUGGGAAAGACACAACUGUACAGCGUGGAGAAUCGUGAUGGUCGCGUUGUUGAUGGCCACGCGGGGACAUUCAUCUCGACAAAUACACCCACCGAGCCCCGUGCAUGCAACAUCAUGUGCCUGGCGUGGAACACCCCGCACGAAGGUGGCAAAGUGCAGUUGAUGGAACUUCCCACGAGCCCCAAGAUGGAUAUCACAAUGCCCCGCCGGGUGGUGGAUGUCGCAUUCCCACCUGGCGACUUUCCAGUCGCCCUGACCGUUUCCCCCCGGCACAAGUUGCUGACAAUCAUGACAAGCCGUGGAACCGCCAUCUUGAUGGAUAUAUUUACCGGCACCAUCAUUCAAUCUCAACAGGUGACACCCAAUAUCGUUUUCUGUGGGACCUUGUACACAAAAACGGGUGGACUGCUUUGUGUCAACAACCAAGGUUCCGUUUUUCAUGUUUCCCCAAAUGACAAUGGAAUCAUUCCAUUUGUAAAGGAUCAAAUGAGAAACCCGGAGCUUGCCGUACGUAUCGCCAGCUCUGCUAACUUGGGAGGCGUUGAUGAUCUCUAUCGCAUGCAAUUGGAGAACGGUCUUCGUGUAGGGAAUAUUGAAGAAGCCAUUCGUGCCUGUCUACGGGCUCCUAACAACGCCUUGCGUGUACCAGAAGUCCUCCAACGAUUUGUGCACCAUCCAUCAGCCCCUGGACAACCACCAGCCAUAUCGACAUACUUUAAGAUGGUUCUUGCGGAGACGACACUGAAUGCGCAUGAAUCUGUUGAACUUGCACGUGCAGUUGUGCCGAAAGGUGGGUCUGCCUACAUAAAGCAGCAAUACGAGGCCAAUAAACUAACGCCCAGCGAAGAGCUUGCCGAUCUUUUGGCACAGGCCGAACCAGAAAUGGCGAUGAAGAUGUAUUACAAGGCUGAGGCCCAUGCAAAGGUGGUGAAUAUACUUUUGCAACGCAAUGAGACACAAAAAGCGGUGGAAUAUUGCAGACGGUCAAAUUUCUCACCGGAUUGGCGUGUCAUUUUGAAUAAUUUUAUUCGUGUUAAUCCACAGAAUGCCGUGAGCCUGGCACUGAUGCUCCAUCGUGACUUGGGUGACACCCCAGUAGUGGACCCAAAUGAAGUGGUGGAUAUGUUUGUGACGGCUCAGCAGAUUCAGCAGGCGACGGAGUUUAUUCUUGAGGUCUUGCGAGGGAAGAAUGACGAGUCGACAAAAGACCUCCAGACGAAACUUUUGGAAAUAAAUUUAAAACAUUCCCAUCCUUCUGUGGCGGAGAAGAUAUUUGCGCGUGGUGUUUGCCUCUAUUACGAUGGCAUGAAGCUUGCUCCUCUGUGUGAACGAGCUGGACUUCCUCAGCGCGCCAUUGAGUGCUACGUCACGGCGCAGAAUCAAGACCCCGACCUUGACAACCUCUCGAACAUACGCCGUUGUCUCUCCCAUGCUCGCAGCUUUAAUCCGGAGUGGAUAUUGGAAUUCUUUGGAAAACUCAGUCAGGCCGAUAGCAUGCGAUGCCUGGGGGACCUCUUGCAGAACCAUCGUGAGAACUUUAAGGUGAUUGUGCAGGUGGCGACGAAGUACAGUGAUGCUCUUGGAGCGGACAAACUUAUCGAGCUCUUUCUUGAGCAAAAAUUGUACCCCAUCCUGUACUAUUAUCUUGGUGCCAUUGUACCAUACACCCGCGACCCGGAGGUGCACUUCCGCUACAUUGAGGCGGCAGCAGAGGUGGGUCAGGCACAAGAACUGGAGCGCAUGACACGCGAAAGCCCCUGCUACGAUCCGGAGCGCACGAAAAACUACUUGAAAAACAAAAAGUUGACCAAUCUUUGGCCACUCAUCAAUGUAUGUGAUCAACAUGGCUACAUAGAUGAGCUAGUGCGGUAUUUGAUUGAUACGGACAACGAGACGCUUAUUGAACAAUACUUGCAGCGUCGGAGUCCGGGAAAGACACCUGAGGUAGUGGCUGCCCUCAUCGACUGCAAUGCUCGAGAAGACUUUAUCAAGAAUAUUCUCAAUGCUGUAGGAACGAUGUGCCCCAUUGCGGAGUUGGUGCAAGCCGUGGAAGAACGAUCUCGCCUGCGUCUGAUUCAAGGGUGGCUGGAGGCCCGUUUGGCGGAAAAGAAGACGGAUCCCGCCCUUCACAAUGCCGUGGGAAAGUUGUACGUCGAUACCGACCAACAACCUGAUAAAUUUUUACUUGAAAACGCCUACUACGAACCACUAGUCCUUGGAAAGUACUGCGAGAACCGUGAUCCGAAUCUGUCCUACAUCGCCUAUCGCAAGGGCCACCUCAGUGAGGAGCUGGUGGAGCUCACCACGAAGAAUGGCAUGUGGAAACAACUUGCUCGCUAUCUUGUACAGGAGAAGAAUCUUCAACUGUGGGCAUCAACCCUGAAAAAUGAUACCAAGGAUCGUGAUCGACUUGUGGAAGCGGUGCAACAAACCGCCCUGCCUGAGUCUGAGGUAGAUGAGGAGGUAAGCACAACAGUUCGGGCAUUCAUGAAUGCAGGGAUGACACAUGAAUUGACGUCUAUCCUGGAUCAAAUUGUGGUGCGGGGUCGCUUUAGGAAAAAUCGGUUUUUGGAGAAUCUUUUGAUCAUGACCGCCAUCCGUUCUCGCAAGGAAAAGGUGAUGGAAUAUGUGUCAACAUUGGAGAAUUACGACGCCAAGGAGGUUGCCAGCAUCGCCAGCAACGCAGAGUUGCCUGAAGUGGCCUUUGCGGUUUACGAAAAGAACGACAUGAAAAAGGAGGCCGCUACGGUGCUGUUGCGGGAUUUGAAGGAUAUUUCGCGUGGUCGUUCCUACGCCCAAAAGUGUGAUAUACCCGCUGUUUGGUCAGUCCUUGGGGAGUAUUUGCUUGCCGCAGACGAGGUGCAUGAGGCGAUUGAAUCAUUUAUUCGAGCAAAGGAUCCAGACUUUUUGGAAGAAGUUACGGCGGCGGCGGAGAGGAACAAUCAGUUUGGUGAUCUUAUCAAAUACCUCACCAUGGCACGCAAAGAAUCCCGUGCAAAGGACAACAAAAUUGAUACGGCGUUGGUGCUUACAUAUGCCAAGACCGGUCGUCUGAUGGAGUUGGAAGAGUUCCUAAAAGAGACCCACAAUGUGCAAAUCCAACCUGUGGCAGAUAAGUGCUUCGACGAAGGAUUGUAUGACUCCGCGCGGGUGCUGUACACGCUGGCUUCCAAUUUUUCCAAACUAGCGGUGACACUGUUGAGGAUGAAUAAUCUACCAGCGGCUGUGGAGGCUGCGCAAAAGGCACAGUCAAGAAAGACAUGGACAGCUGUUAAUAUUGCCUGUAUUGAGGCCAAUGAGAUUAAACUGGCCAACAUAUGUGCCGUUCCACUUGUACUAGAAGCCGAAAUGUUGCAAAGUGUCAUGGAUCGCUAUGAAAGUUAUGGACUUUGGGAAGAAUUGCUCUCCCUGCUUAAGACAGCAUCCUCCACACCAGGGGCCCAUAUGGGUGUUUUUACUGGAAUGGGACUUCUGUUGGCGAAAUACAGGCCUGAAAAACUAUUAGAACAUGUGAAUAUGCACGCCAAGAAGAUCAAUACACAUAAAAUGAUUGCUGCAUGUGAGGAGUAUCAUCUGUGGUUGGUGCUUCGAGUUUUACAUGUCAACAACGAGGAUUGGCUUGCUGCCGCCACGACGAUGAUGCGCCACCACGUCGAUGCCUGGGAUCAUGACGUUUUCAAGACUGUUGUGAGUCAUUUGGGAUCCAGCGAUUUGGUGUACAACUCCAUCCCAUUCUACAUCCAAAACAAUCCACAACUCCUUGACGACUUUCUCACCAGUAUGUUUAAGACGUUGGACCCCGAGCGUGUCUUGCUGGAGGUGAAGAAGCUCGCCCCUGUGCACUUUAUUCGUCAGUAUCUGGAGUCUGCCCAGGAACGCAACUCCAGACGUGUGAAUGAGGCAAUUAACAAGCUAUAUAUGGAGGAAGAGGACUUCACUGCUUUGCGUGACUCUGUGGAGCGCUUUGACAACUUUGACUCCGCAGAAUUAAGUGCUGAGCUUGAAAAGAUGGAGCUUUUUGAGUUCCGCAAGAUUGCGCUUUUUCUCCAUCGCCGUAACAAGCGAUUUACACAUGCCAUUGCCGUGGCGAAGGAGAACAAACUCUACCAGGAUGCCAUUGAAACUGCCGCCGAGAGUGCCAACCCGCAGAUUGUAGAGGAUCUUCUGGACUUUUUUGUUGUGGAUCACCCGGAGUGCUUUGUUGCGUGUCUUUACACAUGCUACGACUACCUCACACCACAGGUCGUGAUGGAAAAGGCAUGGCUCAACAAGCGUACGGACCUCGCCAUGCCGUACUUUAUUCAGGUCAUUCAAGAAUACACAACAAAGUUAUCGCGCAUGGAGAAGUCCAUGAUGGACGCCCAACAAUUGGCAAAGGAGGCGGCGAGGCGGGCGGGGCCGCUGCAUACGGGUGCAAAUGACCCUCUGAUGAUUCAAGCAGGGCCAGCAAACCCAAUGGGCGGCGCGAUGCCAAUGCCAAUGCCAAUGCCAAUGCCGAUGCCAAUGAUGGGUGGUGUGCCGCCAGGCAAUUACGGUCCCCCGCCGCAGUUUGACAACAGGAGGCCGUACUAG